AUGGCAUUUACCCGACAUGCUUGUACCUCGAGCAUGAUACUUGCAAACACAACAGCAUACCACGGCCUCAUCAUAUACUCGUUGGCUGUCAGCAUCUCAAAGCAAGCGACGACAGAAGCAAAGGUCCGGGGUGGGGGUAUUGGGCAGGAAAUCGGGGAAUGGGAAUUGGAGAAUCGGGGUUGGGGGUUGGUUUUGGAGUUUUGGAUACUUUGA